CUCAUCUUCCAUCCCUGAUUUCAAGAAUCAAGAAAGAUUUUUCAAAACCCUAAUUCCAUACCUUUGGCUCAUGUGGUUUUUCUCCUUCCGAUUCCUCUGAAAACCUAAAGGGAGGGAUUUGAUCGCACUGUUCUCAUGGCGCUCCAUGCGCCGGAGUUCAAGUUUGUCACCGAUGAGUGUCUUGCCGAGUGGAAGGCUUCCAACUCUGCUUUCAAGCUCUCUGAUCCUGUUCCAAUGACUCGAUUCUUGUACGAGCUCUGCUGGGCCAUGGUUAAGGGAGAUUUGCCGUUUCCGAAGUGCAAAGUUGCGCUGGACUCCGUGGUAUUCUCGGUUGAGCAGCAGAAUGAUGAGAUGGGGUCUGUGCUUGCAGACACUAUCGCCCAUAUGGGGUUGGAUCUUGCAAUGCCCGGGGAGCAGCGCACUCGUUUUAUCAAAAUGGUGAAAUGGCUUGUUGAGGCUUCGUUGGUGCCAUCUAGGUUCUUGCAGGAGCGUUGUGAGGAGGAAUUUUUGUGGGAGUCUGAAAUCAGUAAGAUAAGAGCUCAGGAUUUAAAAGUUAAAGAGGUUAGGAUAAACACUCGGCUUCUUUAUCAGCAAACAAAAUUUAACCUUCUGCGGGAGGAGAGUGAGGGCUAUGCCAAAUUGGUGACACUCCUUUGUCAAUGUGGUUUAGAAGGGAGCACAUCAGCAUCAACUAUCAGUAUAAUUAAGUCAUUGAUUGGGCAUUUCGAUCUGGACCCAAAUCGUGUUCUUGAUAUUGUUUUGGAAUGUUUUGAACUCUUUCCUGACAACAAUAUAUUUUAUGACCUAAUACCUAUUUUCCCCAAGUCACACGCUGCACAAAUUUUGGGGUUUAAGUUCCAAUACUAUCAAAGAAUGGAUGUUGUUGAACCUGUCCCUUUUGGGCUGUACCGGCUUACAGCUUCAUUGGUAAAAGCUGAGUUUAUUGACCUUGAUAAUAUAUAUGCCCAUUUGCUUCCAAACGAUAAUGAGGCUUUUGAGCAUUAUAGUACAUAUCUUGCGAAAAGAUUCGAGGAGGUUAACAAAAUUGGAAAAAUUAAUCUUGCUGCCACUGGAAAAGAGCUCAUGGAUGAUGAGAAACAAGAUGUGACAAUUGAUUUAUUUACUGCUCUGGACAUGGAAACUGAGGCAAUUAAAGAACGAAUGCCUGAGAUUGAAAAUAAUCAGAUACUGGGUUUGCUAAUGGGUUUCCUUUCUGUUCAUGACUGGUAUCAUGCUCAAUUGCUAUUUGACCGCCUCUCCCAUUUAAAUCCUGUUUCACAUCCUCAAAUUUCUGAAGGCCUAUUUAGGGUCAUUGAAAAGAGUAUCUCUGCCAAUUAUACAACUGUUUAUCAUACACACUUGCAAGGUGCUGGAGAUUUAGUAGCUACUUCCUCUGAGAUUGUUGACUCAACAGUUGUUCCCUUGACCAAGAGAUCUUUUAUAAAUCUUCCAAGGGAGUUAUUUCAGAUGCUUGCUGUUGCUGGGCCAUAUCUAUAUCGGGAUCCUAUACUGCUACAGAAGGUGUGUAGAGUAUUGAGAGCAUACUAUCAGUCUGCUCAGGAGUUUGCUGUUGCUGCUGGAAAUUCUAUUUCAUCCGAAUCAGGUGAUGUUAAGAGCCAGUAUCCUUGUCCACAGCUUAAGGAGGCUAAGCUUAGGCUUGAUGAGGCAUUAGGGACAUGUUUACUCCCGUCAUUGCAGUUGAUACCAGCAAAUCCUGCUGUCGGACAGGAGAUAUGGGAAGUUCUUUCUCUGCUUCCUUAUGAGGAUCGUUACCGUUUGUAUGGAGAGUGGGAAAAAGAUGAUGAGCGAAUUCCCAUGGUCUUGGCUGCAAGGCAAAUUGCCAAGUUGGAUACACGGCGACUUUUGAAAAGGCUUGCUAAGGAAAAUCUGAAGCAACUGGGUCGCAUGGUGGCCAAAUUAGCGCACGCUAAUCCAAUGAUUGUGCUUCGCACAAUUGUUCACCAGAUAGAAGCAUACAAAGAUAUGAUAACACCAGUUGUAGAUGCAUUCAAAUAUCUUACACAGCUAGAGUAUGAUGUGUUGGAAUAUGUUGUCAUUGAACGUCUUGCUCAAGGGGGACGUGAGAAACUCAAGGAUGAUGGACUUAAUUUAUCUGAUUGGCUUCAGUCUCUUGCAUCGUUUUGGGGCACCUUGUGUAAAAAAUACCCUUCAAUGGACUUGAGAGGCCUCUUUCAAUAUCUUGUUAAUCAAUUAAAAAGGGGGAUUGGUAUUGAGCUUGUCCUCCUUCAGGAGCUCAUUCAGCAAAUGGCAAACAUCCAUUUCACUGAGAAUGUGACUGAGGAUCAACUGGAUGCAAUGGCAGGAAGUGAAACUUUGCGGUAUCAAGCUACUCUGUUUGGAAUUGUUAGAAAUAAUAAGGCAUUGAGUAAAUCAACAAAUAGGCUAAGAGACUCAUUACUUCCGAAUGAUGGGCCUGAUCUUGCUGUUCCGCUUUUGCUACUUAUUGGCCAGCAUCGAUCUAUGGUUGUUGUAAAUGCAGAUGCACCGUAUAUCAAAAUGGUCAGUGAGCAGUUUGACAGGUGUCAUGGCACACUUCUGCAGUAUGUAGACUUUCUCUGCAGUGCAGUAACACCCACUAUAAAUUAUGCUAAACUCAUACCACCAUUAGAGGAUCUCAUUCACAAGUAUCACCUUGAUCCUGAGGUGGCUUUCUUGAUCUAUCGACCUGUAAUGAGGAUGUUCAAAUGCUCAAACGGUGGAGCUGAAGUUUUCUGGCCAGUUGACACCCCUGAUGAACCAAAUAGUCCAAAUUUAGGUGAUGGAUCUGAACCGUUAGGUUUAUCCAAUGAUAUGGUUUUGGAUCUUGGUCCACCUUGGAAGCCUAUGAUGUGGUCUGAUCUCCUUACUACAAUUCAGUCAUUGCUGCCUCAGAAAGCAUGGAUUAGUAUCUCCCCUGAUCUUUAUGCUACAUUUUGGGGGCUUACCCUUUAUGACAUCUAUAUUCCCAGAAACCGUUAUGAAUCUGAGAUUGACAAGCAACAUGCUGCCAUUAAAGCCUUGGAAGAGUUGUCGGACAACUCAAACAUGGCAAUAACAAAACGUAAAAAGGAUAAAGAAAGGAUUCAAGAUUUAUUGGAUAGAUUAAUCAGUGAGCGUCAGAAGCAUGAACAACAUGUCACAUUGGUACGCCAAAGGCUUAGUCGUGAGAAGGACAAAUGGCUUUGUAACUGUCUCGAUACAUCAAAGACUAACAUGGAGUUCUUUCAGCGAUGCAUUUUUCCUCGUUGUGUUUUCAGCAUGACAGAUGCUGUUUACUGUGCAAUGUUUGUGCAUACUCUACAUUCCCUUGGCACACCUUUUUUCAACACAGCCAAUCAUAUUGAUGUUCUUAUCUGCAAGACCAUCCAACCCAUGAUCUGUUCCUGCACUGAAUAUGAGGCUGGCAGGCUGGGUAGAUUUUUAUAUGAAACUUUAAAGAUGGCAUACCAUUGGAAGAGUGAUGAGUCGAUUUAUGAACGAGAGUGUGGAAACAUGCCUGGCUUUGCUGUUUAUAUCAAAUUACCUAACAGCCAACGUGUAACGUUUGGCCAGUUUGUGAGAAUGCACUAUAAGUGGAGUGGGAAACUCACCAGAUUGCUCAUACAGUGCUUGGAAUCGGCUGAAUACAUGGAAAUUAGGAAUGCCCUUAUUGUGCUUACAAAGAUUUCUAGCGUAUUUCCUGUUACUCGAAAGAGUGGGCUUAACCUAGAAAAACGGGUGGUUAAAAUAAAGUCUGAUGAGAGGGAGGACCUGAAAGUUUUAGCAACAGGUGUAUCUGCAGCUUUGGCCGCUCGCAAGAGCUCAUGGGUUUCUGAUGAGGAGUUCAGUAUGGGCCAUGUUGAUAUAAGGCCAGCAACAACUGCAAAGUCUCUGGCUGGAAACUUGGGUAAUUCUUCAAAUGGUUCAAUUCUUGGUGUCUCUCAAAACGAGACAUCAGGAACAAGGAAUGUAACGGCAGGAAAUCAAAGUGUACGCGCAAAAUCUGUAGAUGGAAGAUCAGACCGACCAGAAAAUGGGACUGCUAUGAAAUCUGAUUCGAUACAGCAAAAGACAAGAGGUGCAGCUAAUGGAUCAGAAGGUGGCAUGCCUAAUUCAAGCAUACCAUCUGGCACUUCUAAGGCUUCUGUUGUUAAAAAUUCAGAUGAAGUCGCUAAAGCCUCAUUGGAGGAUGCUUCAUUGAAAGUUUCUUCCAAGUCUGAGUCUGAGACAAAAGCUCAAUUGAAGCGUUCAGUUCAUGGUUCCACUGGAAAGCAACUGAAGCAGGAGCUUGUGAAGGAAGAUGGUAAAACUGGCAAGAUGAGUGGUAGAGUUUCCAACCAAGUUUCUUCUGAUGGAGAUUUAUCGGCUCAUUCAUCUGAAAAUAGGCAAGGUGGGCAUCCAGUGUCUUCUUCAGCUCCUACCAAUUCAAACCUAAUUGCAGCAUCUGGAAAUUUAUCAACAUCCUCCACGAGAACAACUGUUGAUGUGCAUGGCAGUUCAUUAAAGAAGGAUAGGGGAUCUCCUAAAAUUGCUGAACAAAUGGCUUCUCAUUCUCCUCUCUCUGAUGAUCCUUCCACUAAACAACAAAAAAGAAUUGCUUCAGGUGAAGAGCAAGACAGGUUGAAUAAGCGUAGGAAGGGAGAGGCUGAAGGAAAAGAUGGCAAUCCCUCAGAAAUUCGUUCAUCUGAUAAAGAACGAGGUGCUGACCUGCGAAUUGACAAGUCUCAUUCUGCAGAUCAUGAAAGGAAUGGAACAGAAGAAUAUAACUCAAACAGAUCUGUGGAAAAACUUUUGGACAAACCGAAGGGAAAACUCACUGAAAGAUAUGAGAAAGACCAUAGAGAAAAAUUGGAUCGUGCAGAUAAAAACCUUGGUGAAGAUAUUGUUGAGAAAUCAAGAGAUCGAUCAGUGGAAAGACAUGGAAGGGAACAUUCUGUUGAAAGAGUAUCAGAGAGAGGAACAGAUAGGAACCUUGAUAGGUUAGUUGAUAAAUCUAGAGAUGACAGAAAUAAAGAUGAUAGGGUGAAACCUCGACAUGGUGAGGCAUCUAUGGAUAAGUCACAUGUAGAUGAGCGCUUCCAUGGCCAAAGUUUACCUCCACCACCACCAUUGCCUCCUAGUUUUGUUCCUCAAUCUGUUGGCAGCAAUCGAAGAGAUGAAGAAACUGAUAGAAGGACUAGUAACACCAGGCAUGUGCAGAGGUUGUCCCCUAGACAUGAUGAAAAAGAACGUAGACGCUCAGAAGAAAACAUUUUAGCUUCUCAAGAUGAUCCAAAACGGAGGAGAGAUGAUGAUUUGCGAGAAAGGAAGCGUGAUGAACGUGAGACAGCUUCUUUCAAGGUAGAUGAAAGGGAUAGAGAUAAAGCAAGCAUCAUCAAGGAUGAUUUGGAGACAGUUGCAGUUAUCAAGCGGCGGAAGCUUAAAAGGGAACACACGUCAACAGAAGCUGGUGGAGAGUAUUCACCAAUUGGCCAACCGUCACAACCACCUCUUGCACUUGGUGCCUCUCAAUCAUUUGAGGGGAGGGAACGAGGCAAAGGAAUUGUCCAGCAUCGAACAGCUUAUUUUGAUGAUCAAACUCCCAGGAUGCACGGGAAGGAAUCUGCUGGCAAGAUCUCCCGUCGAGACACGGAUCAAAUUCAUGAAAGGGAGUGGGAGGAAGAGAAGCGGCAACGCGCUGAAGCAAAGAGGAAGCACCGCAAAUAAGUGAAUAAAGCCCAACUCUUUUUCUCCUUUUGCACUCAAAAUGAAUCAGCAUCGGACUUCACAAUGGUUGUCAUGUGGAUACUUCCGAGGUUGCCUUUAAAGUAACCUAUUACUGUAUUUUGUUGAUGGUUUUUGAAGUCCCUGAGCUCUUGGUGUCGAUGCCUGGUGCCGAGUUGGCAAGACAGCUGUGUGCUUGUUGCUUGCAAAAUCUUCGAUGAUGUGCUGCCCAAGUUCCUUUAUUAUAAGAACCCUCAACUUUGUGCACCCACAAUGUUUUCCGGUUUUUGUAACUGAAAAUUAGAUCAAGCAUCACAAUAUUCAUGAUGAGCAAUUUCACCAGACGUUGGUAGACAUACCUUAUCCAGAGAUUGAUUGCACAAACAAGGUUCAAGGUGAAAGGUUUCCUAAUCUUUUCAAUUAUUUCAGCUAAUUUCAAGAUGCCAUUGGACAUGUUUUGUUUUUGCGUAUCAUACAACAUCAGAAUACAAAAUGGAGUUACACCAACAUGAGUGACGCACCUCCAUACCAAUUGGCUAAUAUUCAGGCUUGAGAAACUCGAGAACAAGCCAUGCUGGAUUUUUGUAUAAUCAUCCGUCUCGCUCAUUGUAUAGCUUCUGCAUGACUUUAGGCUGUUCUGCAACCCUUUUUGUUUCUUUUAAUGUUUAUGACUGGGUUAGCCAUGUACCAUAUUUUAUCAUACACUGAGGUCACUGGACUGAGUAUUCUUUUCAGCCAUGAUAUAGCUUUAAGAUUAUCUGCAGAGCUUUCUUACAGGUUGAUGGUGCAGAGCAGGAUUUAUGCUUGCAA